AUGAGCCGCCAUUUCUUAUAUUACUGCAGUGAGCCCACUCUGGAUGUGAAGAUUGCCUUUUGUCAGGGAUUUGGGAAGCAAGUGGAUGUGUCAUAUAUUGCCAAAUACUACAACAUGAGUAAAAGCAAAGUUGACAACCAGUUCUACAGUGUGGAAGUAGGUGACUCGACCUUCACAGUUCUCAAACGCUACCAGAACUUAAAACCAAUCGGCUCUGGAGCUCAGGGAAUAGUUUGCGCUGCAUAUGAUGCUGUACUGGACAGAAAUGUGGCUAUCAAGAAGCUCAGCAGGCCAUUUCAAAAUCAGACACAUGCUAAGCGGGCAUAUAGGGAGCUAGUUCUUAUGAAGUGUGUGAAUCACAAAAAUAUUAUCAGUUUAUUAAAUGUCUUUACACCACAGAAAUCUCUGGAGGAGUUCCAGGAUGUUUAUUUAGUAAUGGAGUUGAUGGAUGCCAAUUUGUGUCAGGUGAUUCAAAUGGAGUUAGAUCAUGAGCGAAUGUCUUACCUGCUCUAUCAAAUGCUGUGUGGUAUCAAGCACCUUCACUCUGCAGGAAUCAUUCACAGGGAUUUAAAACCAAGUAAUAUUGUAGUAAAAUCAGACUGUACGUUGAAGAUCCUGGAUUUUGGACUGGCCAGGACUGCAGGCACUAGCUUCAUGAUGACACCCUACGUGGUCACACGUUAUUACAGAGCACCAGAAGUCAUCCUGGGAAUGGGCUACAAGGAGAAUGUUGACAUGUGGUCAGUAGGGUGCAUCAUGGGAGAAAUGAUUAAAGGUGCUGUGUUGUUUCCUGGCACUGAUCAUAUUGACCAGUGGAAUAAGGUAAUUGAACAGCUGGGAACUCCCUGCCCAGAAUUCAUGAAGAAACUGCAGCCCACAGUGCGGAACUACGUGGAAAACCGGCCUAAAUACGCUGGCCUAACUUUCCCUAAACUUUUCCCAGACUCUCUUUUUCCAGCUGAUUCAGAACACAACAAACUCAAAGCUAGCCAAGCUAGGGACCUUUUAUCAAAGAUGCUAGUGAUUGACCCAGCCAAACGGAUAUCAGUGGAUGAAGCCUUACAGCAUCCGUACAUCAAUGUCUGGUAUGACCCAGCAGAGGUGGAGGCGCCACCUCCACAGAUCUAUGACAAGCAGUUGGAUGAAAGAGAACACACAAUUGAAGAGUGGAAAGAAUUAAUCUACAAGGAAGUAAUGAAUUCCGAAGAAAAGACUAAAAAUGGUGUAGUGAAAGGACAACCUUCUCCCUCAGGUGCAGCAGUGAACAGCAGCGAAAGCCUCCCUCCCUCCUCAUCUGUCAAUGACAUUUCCUCCAUGUCCACAGACCAGACCCUGGCAUCGGACACUGACAGCAGUUUGGAAGCUUCUGCAGGACCCCUUGGUUGUUGCAGGUGA